AUGUGCUACUACGGAGGAUACUAUGGAGGCCUAGGCUGUGGCUAUGGCUGUGGCUAUGGUGGCUAUGGCUGUGGCUAUGGUGGCUAUGGCUGUGGCUAUGGCUGUGGCUAUGGUGGCUAUGGUAGCUAUGGCUAUGGCUGCUGCCGCCCACUGUGCUGUAGAAGAUACUGGUCCUGUGGCUUCUACUGA